UUUGAGUCUUUCGCUUAUUGUCUGCGCGAGUCGGUUCGGCCUUGUUGUCGGCAUUGGGGAAUCGAUUUGGGACGCGAAAGAGUUCGUGUUUUGUUUCCGCCUGAUUAGGAGGUCGAUAUUGAAGCCUCCUUCGGUCGGCGUUAUCUUCACAUUUCUGACGUCCAGCCUGGUGUUUGGCAUUAUUCCAUUGUAAAUACUGUUAUUUGUAUAUACUGUAAAUGAUGACUUCAGUGGGCGGAAGCCGGGCCCGGGGCAACUGGGAGCAGACGCAGGGUCAGACACAGAGCCAGUCACAGCACAAGCAGAGGCCCCAGGCCACUGCUGAGCAGAUCCGACUCGCGCAGAUGAUCUCGGACCAUAAUGAUGCAGACUUUGAGGAGAAGGUCAAACAGCUGGUUGACAUCACAGGAAAGGAUCAGGAUGAGUCCAUGAUAGCGCUUCAUGACUGCAAUGGAGACGUCAACAGAGCCAUCAACAUCCUGUUGGAGGGCAGCCCUGACACUGACUCUUGGGAGAUGGUUGGGAAGAAAAAAGGAGUUUCAGGUCAGAAGGAAAGCACACAGACAGAGGGAGGAGAUGAAGGAAAGGAGAAUCGAGAUAGAGGAGGAGAAAGAGAUGUGGCACGUCGCAGAGGAGGGGCCCCGCGGAGGGGCCGUGGAGCCAGUCGCGGACGAGAGUUCCGUGGGCAGGAAAAUGGGUUAGAUGGGGCCAAGGCAGGUGGAGUUACUGGCAGAGGAAUGGAGCGAGGCCGUCGGGGAAGGGGCAGAGGAAGAGGUGGAGCUGGAAGACGAGGAGGGAGGUUUUCAGCUCAGGGCAUGGGCCAGAUUGAUAAGGGCCCCAGAUAUGAUUUGUCAGGAGAUGAGAGUACGUUCAACCCAGCGGACUAUACUGAGCCAGCCCAAACAGAGGAGAGCUACACAAGUGGAAGCACUUGGAGUAACACAGGCAACCUGGAACCUGAGGAUGGAAACCGGCUCGAGUUUACAGGUGGAGAGGGAACAAACUAUCCUCGCAAGUUUGACUCCACCCCUGGUGCAUGGAGAACUGCAACAGAAGAGUGGGGCACGGAGGACUGGAAUGAGGAUCUGUCAGAGACCAAGAUAUUCACUGCCUCCAGUGUGGCGUCCAUGCCCAUUCCACAGGAGAAUGUCACCAUUACAGCUGGACAGAGGAUUGAUUUGGCGGUGUUGCUGGGGAAGACGCCUCCCUCAUCUUCCACAGAGGCAGAGCCUGCUUCGCUUGAAGGCCCGCAGCCGCCAUCUCUGUCGCAGUCUCUGGUGUUUAGCAACUCAAAGCAGACAGCAUCACUGUCUCAGUCCUCCUCCAGUGUUCCUUACAGCCAGCACAGCAUGGUGAGCAUGCUUGGUAAGGGUUUCGGUGAUGUUGGCGAUCCAAAAGUCACCACUGGAGGCUCCACGACUGGUUCUCAAUUCCUGGAGCAGUUUAAGACGGCCCAGGCUUUGGCCCAGCUUGCGGCCCAGCACUCACAAAGUGGACCGCCAAAUGCUGGUCCUUCGACCUGGGAUACCAGCCCCACUACACUGGGACAAUACGAUAUAAAAGCUCAAACAGAGCCUGUGCACAACCCCUUCACCAAACGGCAGCCCUACCAACCCACCUCCACUUCCUCCUCCAUGAUGGAUGCCUUCUUGCAGAACAAAGCCACGCCCACUUCUACCACCUCAGCUCUGCUCCCUCAGUCCACCCAGUCAUCUUCACUGCCCCAGGCCAUCACCACCCCUGUCUCCAAACCCUCGGGACCUGCCCCAGGUCAGCAGAACUCUUCCAGCCCAGCCGACCCGCAGGCGUCCAGCCCCCUCCCCCUGCAGCAGCACAAACUCAAACAGCAGAAGAAGAGGGCUUCCAUCACCACCAAGAUUCCAGCCCAAGCGGUGGAGAUGCCAGGAUCUGCGGAUAUAUCCGGGCUCAACCUACAGUUUGGAGCAUUACAGUUCGGCUCUGAACCGGUGCUUCCUGAGUAUGAUACCUCGGCAGCUGUCGUCACGACGACACCAGGCAACCAAGGCCAGAACAGCCUUUACACAAGUGCUAGCAAUGAGCAAGCAACAGCCCUCUCCAACCCUAAUCAGAUGGAACUAUAUGAGCCAAGAGCCAGCCAGACACGGCGCUACCCUCCUUCUGUGUCCUCCUCACCACAGAAAGACAUGCAGGCAAAGAAUGGGUUCAGUUCAAUACAGACGUCACAAUCUCUGGAAGCUGCAGCAGGCUCUGCAGUGCCCAUGAAACCGGUGUCCGAAUCAGUCGUCCCACCAUCAGUUUCCAACAUAACCUCAUUGGCUGACCCCUCAUCAGGUCCUCCUUCCCUGCUGACUACAUCCAAUCAGACGCCUCUCAGUGCUCUCGGGCACGAAGAUGCCUCUUCUAGCUCACUGGCCCCUCAACACAAUAACUCCCACCCUACACAGCAAAACAGUUUGGCACCUUCAGUUCGCACUUCAAACUCAAGUCUGCUGCACCCAAGUGUAGAUGCUGAUUCCAGCUUGCACUCAUCCUUCUCCUCGGUAUCUGUGGCUCAAUCUUCAGUUCCUCCACCCUCUUCAGCUACUUCAGCAGCCCCCAUCUCCCACAGCAUCCCUGUUGCCCCAUCUUCAUCUGUCAGUUCGGUCUCAGCGCAGUCCGCCCUGGGCCCCGUCAGCAACCUGACCAUGGGAUUGAACAGUGUUGCCGGUGUGGCUUCAAUGGUACCCCCUUUGGCUGCUGCAUCUUCAUCUGCUGCCUCGGCCACUUUGGCACCUUCAUCCGUCUCGUUGUCUCGCAGCACGGCUGCCUCAGGGAAAGCGCCUCCAAACCUGCCUCCUGGAGUGCCGCCACUGCUGCCCAACCCUUACAUAAUGGCUCCUGGCCUGCUUCACCCAUACCCACCUCAAGUUUAUGGCUACGAUGACUUGCAGAUGUUGCAGACCAGGAUACCACUGGACUACUACAGCAUCCCAUUUGCCACUCCAACCACAGCACUGACUGGCAGGGAAGGCGGUUUGACGAGCAACCCUUAUUCUGCUGGCGACCUGUCAAAGUUCGGCCGUGGUGAUGCCUCAUCUCCUGCCCCUGCCACCACGCUGGCCCAGCCUCAGCAGACCCAGACACAAACACACCACACUGCCCAACAGCCCUUCCUCAACCCAGCCCUUCCACCAGGAUACAGCUACACCAGCCUGCCCUAUUACACUGGUGUGCCCGCCCUGCCCAACACCUUCCAGUACGGCCCUGCCAUGUUUCCGGUGGCUCCUACCUCCUCCAAACAGCACGGUGUGAAUGUCGGUGUCAAUGCAUCAGCUACAGCCUUCCAGCAGGCUAGUGGUUAUGGAUCACAUGGAUAUAACACUGGCUAUGAGGAUUUGGGCCAGGCUUCGGCAGGGAGCGGGGAUUUCUGUAAGGGCGGCUACGGCACUGCCGUUGCCGCAGCCGCUGCUGCCGCCGCCGCCGCCGCUGCUUCUGCGCAAAACAAGCCCGCCAACUCUGUCACCGGGCCCGGAGUGGGAGUCUCGGUGACAUCAAGCAACACGGGAGUCCCUGACAUUUCAGGGUCUGUUUACACAAAGACACAGUCUUUUGAGAAGCAGGGUUUCCACACAGGAACCCCCAGCGCUUCCUUCAGUUUGCCCUCAGCACUUGGGAGUGGCGGCCCCAUCAACCCUCCGACUGCAGCGGGUUACGCUCCGGCCCCUUACAUGCACAUCCUGACCCCCCAUCAGCAGCCACACUCUCAGAUGCUCCACCACCACCUGCAGCAGGACGGACAGGGUGGCUCUGGGCAGCGCAGUCAGAACGCCUCCAUUCAACAGAAGUCGCAGAUCAACAAGUCGGGAUACAACAGCUACAACUGGGGAGGCAAUUAACCCCCCCGUCCUGCCCCGUCUGGUGUUCCAAAGGCUGGUUUAGUGGAAACCGUUUUUUUCUCCCCUUUUCUUUGUCCUCUGCGGCGCUCCCUCUCCUCUCUGCACGGUCACCCUGCAGUACCAACCCCAUUCCACUGGUGGCACUGUCCUGAGAGAGAGAUAGCACUGUAAGGCGCCGCUUGAGGAGGGGGCACGGGGGAGAAGUCUGUACGGGGAGCGUGAUAUCGCCAAUAUAUGGAUAGUUACUUAGGCCUUCAUGAUCGGAGUAUUGAGUAUUUGGAGUUUGUAUUGUGUUCAAAAUGCAUAAAAGCCCAGAAUUCCCCCCUCCCUUUUUUUCUGGAAUAUGUAACAUAGAUCUGUUUUCUAAAAGGACAAAUGUUUAGUUCUUUUUUCCCCUUUUGUUUUUCCUUUUACUGAUGGAUGUAAUAAAAAAGAGAGGGGUUUGAUAGAGGAAGAGAAGGCAGGAUUGUUUUGUUUUCCUCACCUCGUUCGUUAUUUCCUUCCUUUCCGCUGCUUGCUUGAUCAGCACCUGCGAUCCAGAUGUACUUGCACCUCCUCUGUUUCUCCCCCUUCAAUGAGUUUUUACCAAAUUUUAUUUUGGGAAAAAAAAGGAAGAUAUCACUCUAAAUCGGCUAGUGCAGUUGUGAAGUUUAUUUUUUACCAAAUAUAAAUAGAUAUAUGAAAAAAAUGUAUAGGUGAGUUCACAGGCUUUGGUUCUGUACUGCGUGUGUAUGUGCAUGUGUGUGAGUUUGGCUUAAUUUUGUGUGUGUGAAUGAAUGAAAUGCAUCAUCAGGGUGGCCAGUAUAUGAAUGUUCUACUUCUAGAAUGGGCUUCAAUGUGUAUUCCUUUUAUUUCUUUUAUUGGAGCCUUAUUGUACUUUCCAGAUAAGAGAAGUGCACUGGUCACCUUAACUUAAAACUUAUUUUCUGCAAACUUUUUUUUUUUUUUUUUUUUGGGUCCUCUUUACCACCUUAUGUUGCAGGGAGAUUGGAUUACGUUAAGGCAUGAUUUUUGACCUCAGCGUUUUGCCAUAAGCGUGAAGUUUCUCAUUUAUUUUGGGAUUGAGGUCACGUUUUUUUUUUUUUGGCCACCCUGUGUCUUUCCAUAGCCUUUGUCCUUUUGUCAUACCUGCAGUCAUUCUCCUCCUGAAAUGCCCCACUUUAUGUCCCCAAAUAUAUUCUUUUAUUAAUGAUUAUUAGGAAAGUGCUGAUGGACAGAAUUGUACUAUGGGUUUUUUUUUUUCUUUGUCAGUGACUUUUUUUUUUGUACUGUGCGUUUUAAAGAUUUAAAUGGAUAAACUUGUCUUGUACAUAUAUACAUAUAUUAUAUACAUAAAACACAAGUACUGUAGUCUGUUUGUUUGAUGGCUUCUUUUCUCCCCUCUCGAAUCCUUACAGACUUGUUAGCAUUUUUUGUUUGUUUCAUAAUGUUUUUUAUUUUGUAAAAAAAUAUAUAAAUAUUAAGUAAAUAAACAAGAAAAAGACAUUUUCAUCAUUUUUGGAUGUGAAUGUCUUUUUUAAGAAAACUCUUUUUGUGUGCCUUUUAACUGCAGUCUGCCUCUGUGUUCUAGUUUCUAAAAGUUGAGUUAUUUGUUGCUUUGCAAACAAGAAAUGUAGGAAAGUAGUCUACAUUUAAAAAAAAAAAAAAAAACUCAAUGUGACG